CCUGUCUGAGCAUUCAGUCGAAAACAAACGAUCAACGAAGAAUGAGUACAAUUCGCUACAUUGUGAUAUUCGUCACAUGCUUGCACUGCUUCCAAGGUGUCGUCGGUCAAGCGCAACGAGUUGCCAACAAAAAAUGUGCCGAAUUUAUCCAGCAGAACACGCAGAAAUCCUAUGGAGGUCCUCUGCUGAUAAAUCCACAGGUACAAGAGCUUUCCACCACGAACUGUUCCACGUCCGUCGAUCUGAUCGUGAAUGGCGAAGAAGCAAGUGUCGGUGAAUUCCCUCAUCAGGCACUGCUCGGUUAUCUCAAAGAUGAUUCCACCACCGGAGAGGUGGUGUUUCGCUGCGGAGGAUCCUUAAUCAGUCCCCGAUUUGUGCUAACCGCAGCGCAUUGUGGAAGACCUUCCGUUGUACGACUGGGGGCACAUGUCAUGGACGAGAUUGGAAAUGAGGUGGAUUUCGACGUGGAUGAUUAUGUCAAGCACCCGAAUUAUAGUGUAUCCAGAUCGUAUCAUGAUAUUGCACUGGUUAAGGUAACUGUGGCGGUGAUGUUUUCACAUCUGAUUCGGCCGGCGUGCCUUUGGACAAGCGAACCGCUGAAUGUGACGUCGGUGGUGGCAACCGGUUUCGGAUUAACGGAGUUUGCUGGCAAUGCUUCGAAGGUACUGAUGAAGGUUCGGCUAGACUUGAUGGCCAAUUCGAUAUGUGAGCAAAAAUUCUCUUUACAUAGAAAGUUUGGCGAAGGCAUUCGUGGCGAACAGCUUUGCGUGGGUAGUAAAAAAGGUGGGAAGGAUACCUGCCAGGGUGACUCUGGGGGACCGAUUCAGGUGGUAACUGAUGUGAAAACCUGUGCCUAUUAUAUCGUGGGAAUUACAUCGCUGGGAGGUUCCUGUGGUGCUGGAAGGUCGGAGGCUGUUUAUACACAGGUUGCUAGUUACGUCGGUUGGAUCGAGCAGAAGGUGUGGCCGGAGGAGUAUAGGGAAAUCGGAUCCACGGCUGGAUCGAAGGGAUCGAACCAUCGAAUUGUCUUUCCGAAUGAUUAGUCAUUUGUGGUGGGCAUACUGAAGGAUGCGGGUUCCCCGCACUAUGAGAAAGCUUUGCAAAAUAAAUCGAUCUACAUAUUUGUACAAGUGAA